GGUGCGUAUUAGGCAUUUUAAUGCCUAGUUCGCUAGGCGAUCUCGGCAGACACCUAAGGGUUGCUGAGAUAUAGUUUUAUUUUUUAAUUUUUUUUAAUCAUUUUUGCAUCUAUUUCAACGGGCUAUCUUGAUCCUGCUGAGAUAGGUGUGAUGAAUUUGUCCAUUUUUUUUUGUAGUUUGGAUAUACAAGGACCAAAAAUAACAUGUAACUUGUUCAACAUACAAAAGCAAACUAAGGCCAUCAUUAAUUGAUCGAAUAAAGUAAGUAAAUUAAUUAGAAAUAUCACUAAUAUUGGAUGCAAGUGUCUACAUUAAGAAAGUGAUAAUCGUAGAAUGUGCCUGUUUUGUUAUUAUGUUAGAUUUUAGUCUAUUAAACAUAGUUAUGUUACUACUUGACAAUUAGUGAAACUAAUUGUCUAUUACCAUAACUAAUUGUCUGUUAAUGUACUCGGCCCUUAUUUAAGGACUUCAUUCCCUCCUUUGUACAUACUGAGUUUCAAUAAUACAAAGGCAUUUUCUUCUCUCUUGUUUCUCCUCUGUUAUUACUAAAAUGGUAUCAGACAAAAAUUGAAUUCAAGAUUGAAGAUAAUGGCUCGACCACGCACCCGAAGUACUGCUAUGAUCCCAAACGCUCUGCUCAAUACAUCUCUAGUUACUGAUGCUUCUUCACCACACAGACCAGUCGGCUCCAGUGAACACCGCAAAGACCAAUCGACCCCGGUGAACUACAUCCACCACGACCAAUUGGAGAGAAUCGCGUCUACUGCCAAGAACCAAUGCAAAAAGUGAAACUCACCCCCCCCCCCCCCCCCCCCCCGGUCUCCUACGAUUGACCUGCCCAAGAUGACGCUAAUCCUUACUUCUUCGGCACUAGAGAUCAUCCAGGGCUUGUUCUUGUUUCACCCGUACUCACUGACAAAUUUUCAACAAUGGAGGCAGAUUUCAAGAUCUCAAUCGGGGCAAAGAACAAACAAGCUUUCAUCAAUGGAUCUCUACCUCAAUCCGCCCGAAAUGAUCCACUUCUCUCUUCUUGGCUUCGAUGCAACCAGAUGGUGAUGUUGUGGAUACUACACUCAGUGUCUCCUGACAUCGAAACUAGUAUAAUGUUUUUUGACACCGCCGCUGCCACGUGGUCUGAAUUAAACAUUCGAUUUGAUCAAGGAAAUGGGCCAUGCUUGUUUGAGCUUCGUGAAACAUUCAUCGCACUGCAUCAAGAUAAUGAUUUGAAUAUUCAGCAAUCACAAGGUACUGUCCACAAACAAAAUGGCAGAAUUCGUCAAAAACCAUCAUUUCUCAAAGAUUAUAUUUGUGACUUAACUUAAGUUUCUAGUUCUACAGCUCAUCCCACUACUAACUAUUUGUCUUAGGACAAGUUAUCAUCACCAUUUCGAGCUGUUGUUCUUGUUGCUCACAAAAUUACUGAACCUAACAAGUUUUCUCACGGUUACUGCCAUCUAGAAUGGCAGCAAACCAUGCAUGAUGAGCUCAAUGCCUUGGAGGAAGAUCAAACGGGAAUAGUCACUUCUCUUCCACCUGAUCAACAUGUUAUAGGUAAUAAAUGGUUCUAUAAGAUCAAAUACAAACCAAAUGGUGUCGUAGACUAAUAUAAAGCUCGUCUUAUGGCAAAGGGCUAUACCCAACAAGAAGGUAUAGAUUUUUUUUUAUAUUUAUGCCCUUGUUGCUAAGUUCAGCAAUUUAAAAACUCUCUUGGCUUUUUCUGCAAUAAAA